GAUCAUCGAUUGAUGCGCCCUUCAUUCACAAACACCAGCAAGACCUGUUCCCAUCAUUGAAAUAGUGCAGAGGACGGCCACUAGCCAACGAUCGGGUACAACAGCAUAGCAGUAAGAAAAUAUGUGAUGUUCCUAUGUGAUUCCAUUUCGUUUGCUGUACACAGUUUAAGUUUUACUAGGGAAAAAGGAUGUUCAAGAUGUGAACAAGAGCCCUGUACUUCAUUUGACUUUCAACAUCGCUGCUGUCAGUCUUGCCCUCCCCUAAACAUUGCGAUAUUUUUCUGUACGUCCUCCAUCAACAAGAAUGGCUUCGAUGUCGACGACAAUUUAGUGCUACUAACACGGAUCCGAGAAGAACGCAAAGCAAUUUUUAACUGUAGUGCUCAAAAAACAAACUUCCGUUAAAUGUGAGUUAAACUCGAUUAUGGUGUGCUUUCGUCGCUAGAGUACGCAAACCACGGUAUACCAUCAAUGACAAUGGAGGAGACAGAUAGGCUCAGUGGAUCAGCGGGGGCUUGUGGGCAGAGCUCGGCUGCACGGGCAAACACAAGCAGAAUAUCAAAAGCGGCCACUACCCCACGCGCGUCAACGGCAGAUGGACUUUGCCGGUUCAAUUGGUUUCCAUCCCUGCGAAGAAAGCGUUCCUCGUCAACAACUGUUGUGGUGGCCACAGCCCACAGCAAGAAGAACGAUGGAGCAGGAACUGUCAAGGAAGAAUUGUUUACCGCCAGCGAUGAAAACAAUCACGACAGCCAAGCAGAAGGGGGUAGCGUGUUUUACACGCUGCGAAAACGGUUCCAGAAGAAAUUUACCUCGGUCAAAGUGAAAGCCUUUGAGCCGAAUGUGGCCGGUACGUUGGGUGGCGCAGGCACUCCAAAUUCUACCACCUCGAACACAAACUACAAUGACUCAAGCCACUGUACUGGCACGGCAGGCGAACGACUUCCAAGCGAUACCUGCGUGAACGGAAAUGAUUUUGCACGGAUCGUGAUUGAACGGCAUAGUCAAAACCCUAUCCGGUUUUCGUCACCCAAUGCUAACUUACCUGUGAUAAUCAACAGUAGAGAUACUGAACCAAAUACGGGGGAAGACAGAAGACCCCUAUCAGUAACCGCCCCAUCCGCUGCCACAUCCGAGCCUAGCACCUCCGAAUUAGACGAUAUGAUGGCGCAAAUGCGUAUCGACCUGCUACAGUAUGGAUGGUAUUGGGGGAAACUUACGCGUUUAGCGGCACAGAAAAGGCUAGCUCAACAAGUGAAUGGAACAUUUUUGGUACGAGAUUCGCAAACCGAAAAAUACCAGUUUACUGUGAGUUUUCGAAGCUCCGGAAUAACCUUGCACUGUCGUAUAGACUUUGAAAAUAAUUACUGGUCUUUUUCUGGCUUAGCGACACCCACGACGUACAAAACGAUGGUGGAUUUGAUACAGGAUACUAUGAAGAAGUCCAAGUAUGGGGUAAUAGGUUAUGUAAAGCAAGACACAACGUUAAUGCCUCCGUUUCCUGUGCUACUGACAAGGCCAAUCAAUCGAUUCUACGAAGUUUCAUCCCUGCAGCAUUUAUGCCGGUUCAUUAUACGGCAAAAAAUUGAUGCCAAAUCCACCAACGAACUGCCACUACCGGAAAAGCUGAAAAAAUAUGUAGAGGAAAACUUCUAUGAUCUCUAGUUAGGCAUAGUUCCGUAUU